AUGAUGCACAUCGCCCAACACGUGUGCCUCCUUCUCGUCUAUGCUCCAAAGCAAUGGGUAACCAGCGUCCGCGAUGCCCACUACCCGCGAGAACUGCUAUUCUGCGACUUGUUCCAUAAAAUAUCGAGCACAUCGCGUCUGCCACAGUCUCCUCAUGCCAAAUGGUACAAUCUCAGGGAUGCUUUCAACUUUCUAGUGUUUCGAGCGACGGGUGGUCAAGGUCUCUCCCAACCUCCUUGUUUUCUGACCGGCUACCUACUCAUCUACGACGUGCCCCCAGCACCAUCGACGGCUUUGGGUUUCCCAUCCCGUCUCAACUCAUACCGUCGCCACAUAACGCUACUAUGGGACAACGCCGCAUAUGAGCGCUCCCCAGUUCAAAGGUACUCGCACCGGCGGGUGACCGCGCAUGUCUGCUCAGCGCUGAGUGUCGAACGCACCGGUGACGCGCGCCCGAGACCAAACGCGACUGGCUUCUACCCACUGUCCACGGGCAGUGGAAGACCCAGGGGCUGCUCUGCCGACCAGAAGCCUGGGCGGGCGGGAUUCCUGUCCUUCAUCAUCAUGGAUGAUGCGAUACAGGGGCUAGAGCUCGCGCGCUUACACUUCUUCACACCGGCCGGGUCGGCCCCGUCCACCAUGAGCUCCCUAGAUUUGAUCGAUGUCUCUGCUCAACCAGCUAUCGCUUCCUGGACCCACGACUCUGGGGUGACUCGUAGACUCGAUGCCCUCCGGCUUCACAUUUUCCACGAUCCCUCGACCAGCACUGCAUUCUUCAAGCUGCGGGCCACGGUGACAUUCAAGGCAACUAGCGCGAAACCGAAGAGGACAACAGCUGCUUGGCUUCACAUUGCUCCCGAGAAUGUUGAGACGAUUAGCCUGGAAGAUGAGGAAAGUGUUGAUGAGGUUAUAAGCAAGAUGAUUGGGCCGAACACCGUCUGUUGGCACUUUUCUUUGACUCGACCCGCCACGCUAGUUCUUCCACCAGAUUACGAUGUCAAAUCGAAGGGUCAACCAUCAGACGAUUCGUUCCACGGCCUUUGGGCUCUCGCCCGGGCCACCAAGUUUUCGAUUUCAGCGAGCUUGCCUGCUCGGACCGUUUCCAGAGGACGUUUGAUGUCCCUGUGUGCGGCUGCGUCGAGACCUCAAUCGGGCAAAGGCACGACAGCCGUUGAAACCGCAUCCGCAGAUGUCAAGCUCGCUAGUAACAAGCAUGCCGCUGAUACGGCUAGUUUGUACGGUGGUAGAGGUGGGCAGAUUGUCGAGCUCGACAGCCUCAAUCUCCCAGAACCUGCUGGCAGCGCAGCAUUCCCGCCGGCGUACUCAGAUAUUGGACCUAGUCCGCCCCUCGCGGCGGAUCCUCCCAUGGGCAAAAAGCGGCGACGGAGGACCAGCUCAGAAGCCAGUGCAACGGCAUAUCGGCAAGUCGACAGCAAGGCUAUCGAAGACAAGACGGCUUUUGCGAAUGCCUUCAAGAAUGACUUGAAGGCUGAGCUGAAGGCAGAAUUGUUGAGUGAGCUCAGGACUGAAAUGAAAGCUGAACUCAAAGACCAGCUUAAGAUGGAGCUGGUCAGUGAGGUGAUGCAGGAGGUAGAGAAGCGAGUAUUGAAACGCGUUGAAGAACGUCUGCAAGAACAGGCAGAUGAUUUUGAGAAGCAGCUGUACGACCUCAGGCAUGAGUUGGGCGCCACGGUCUAUUCCGAGGUUGAGGAUCAGACGUACACCGCCCGAAAAGAGUUGGAGGAUUUCGUACGAGAAGAAAUGGAAGAGGCUCAGAAACGACUCAAAACGUUGGCUCGACGACCGGACACCAUGGCACCCAUUCGCGUACCCAACGCUGAAGACUUUACAGCCUUAGCACCAGACCUGGCAGUCUCUCUGCAUUUCCCCUCGCCGCCGGAGUCAACAACCGCUAUCCUGAUCCUGUUCCACGGGCUCGGUGACUCGGAUGCCCCCUUCGCCGGGUUUGCUCAGAACAUCAACCUUCCAGGCGUUCUCGGCAUCUCAGUUCGAGGCACCAGCCCGCUGCCACCAGCAUUGCUGGGCUUGCCGCUUGAUAGUGGGCCGCCGAGGAAUUUCCAUUGGGGAGACGACUUGAACCUGUCAUCCGCUUCAGGUGGACUGGAUGCCGACCCUGGUUUCACCAAGGCGACAGAGCUUGUUCUGAAUCGGCUCAUCAGGGAAACUUUGGUGGAAAAGUGCGGCUGGGAGUUGGCCGACAUCCUCUUCUUCGGCUAUGGACAGGGAGGCUCACUUGCAUUGGGCUUGGCCUCUAAGGUUCGUGAGGGUCCUCAGGUUGAGGAAGUGAAGGAGGACAAGGACGGAAAGCCUGUAGAGACUGGCAAGGCGUUCAAGGGCGUUGUGUCCAUUGGGGGAGACCUGCCGCCCUCGAUGAUCCCAUCGCUGAGUGCAAGGUCCAAGUCGGAGACGCCGGUCUUGAUUUGCCGUGGGAAGUCAUGCGACACCGUUGAUGACGAUGCCGUCGACGUGCUCAAGAAGGAGUUCUCAAACGUGCAGGAUGUCAAGUGGAACAAGGCGGACAGUACCAUGCCUUCGAGCCAGGAAGAGGUGCUGCCGAUGAUGAAGUUCUUUGCUGAACGGCUACGAAACGAUGGGAUUUGA